AUGCGCGGAGGAGGUGGGGGAGGAGGAGGAAGAGGAGGUGGCGCUGAGCUGGCGGCCCCGGCAGCGGGGACCCGUUGGCCCGGGGGCCCCGACAUGACCUCUGUCCAGGAGUCCGGGCCGCCGCCUUCCGCCUCCAAUAAACCGCUGACGCCCUUCAGCAUAGCUGACAUCCUGGGUCCAGCAGCCCGCCCAGUCCCAGCCCCAGCCCCCGUGCCCGCCCGAGACCAUACUUCGCCUCUCUGCGCACUAGAAGAGUUGGCCAGUAAGACCUUCCGCAGGCUCGACGGCAGUGUGUUGCAGGCGACCGAAGGUCGGGCGGCACUGAGACCGCUGAGCGGGUCUGUGACCCGCAGGCGUCGGAAGUCGCGUACUGCGUUCACAACGCAGCAGGUGCUGGAGCUGGAGAGGCGCUUCGUCUUCCAGAAGUACCUGGCUCCAGCCGAGCGGGACGGACUGGCAGCUCGACUGGGUCUGGCCAAUGCCCAAGUCAUCACUUGGUUCCAAAACCGCCGAGCCAAGCUCAAGAGAGACGUGGAGGAGAUGAAGGCGGACGUGGCCUCCUUGCGUUCCCUGCCUCCCGCGGCUCUUCGCCGGCUGAGCCUCUCUCUGCCAGAAUCAGGCUCCAGCCCUUCCGCCGAUCCGGACCCCAGCCCCGACCCUGGGCCCGAGCUUUCAGACGAGGAGAUCCAGGUGGACGAUUGAAAAAAAAGUCUGGCCCUAGCUUUUGGGAUCCGCGGACUGUAUCAUUAGAUUCUAUCGAGACCCUUUUACCCACUGGGCCAGCUCAGAGGGUCCAGGUCCCUGAUAGACUUCUACUGCCCAGUUUUCUAACGUUCCCACGCCGUCCUCCUUCCAUUCAUUGUCCCUUCAUCCCACCCUCUGUACUGUCCAAUCCUCCCAUUCUCUAGGGUCUUGCCGUCCCAGACUAACUGAAUCACCCGACCUCUUUUAUUUCUGUUGCGGUGUUGGGUUGGGGGGGGGAGGAAAGGCAUGAUUCUGCAUGGUUCGUCCUGCCAUUCCCCAUUGUCCUUGGCUCUCUCAAUCGUUGCACAGAAGUCUCCCCACUCUCCCUUUUUCCAGUCCGAGGGACUUACUUAGGGGUCCUAGACACAUCUAUGAAGCUAGUUUCUUUACUUCCCACUCAUGUGCUUCUGGGAUGUCCUGGGUUUCUCACUUUUUUUUUCAACCUAGGAGUCUCAGAUAGCGUUCCUCCUUAUCCCGACGGCCUCCCCGGCCCUACAUUGUCUAUUCGCCCUCAUUUUCUCUGUCCUAGUUCCGGACAGACUUUGUACCGCCCAGUCUCCCCAAUCCCCACUCUUCUAGGCUCAGGGAUCCCUCUGGCGCCAGACUCCAUCUCUCCCAGCCGGACUCUCUCCUUCCGAACCCUAGUGCCCUCUGGCCCCUAUAGACUUCACCUAUCCUGUCCCCUCUCUUCCUUUCAAGGACCUCUUCUAGCGCACAUUUGAUUUUCUGUGGUUAUAUCCCGAUCACAUCCUAGUCCACAUCCCUGCCUCUGCCCAGAGGCUUCUCCCAGCAAUGACUGUUGCUCGGGUGAUGGACAGCGAGCCAGGGUCAACUGGGUCUUCUCUGCCCACUAUAGAUAUCUGGCAGUUUGUAGCCGCUUCCCCACUUCCACCCCACCCCCCAACCUCAGCACCUCAGUCAGUGUGAAUAAAGAGGAUCCGACAAGA